AUGCACUUCUCCGCCCCCGUUGUCAUCCUGGCUAUCGCCGCUGGCGUCCAGGCCACUUCCCGCAAGCAGGUUGAGCCUCCCGUCAACAAGAAGGAGAGCUCCAUGUCUGCCCACGUUACCGGUGUCCAGACUGGUACCCACCCCAUCCAGACUGGCGGUGGCCACCCCGGCAACAACAGCACCGUCAUUGUCACCUCCACCGCUCCCUGCCCCGGUGGUGUCUGUCCCUCCUCCACCGUCCCCGCCACCAAGCCCACCAGCUCUGGCAACGUUGUCGGCGGCGGUGGUGUCGGCGGUGGCUCUGGUGUCGGCGGUGGCUCCGGCUCCGGCUCCGGCGCUGGCUCUGGCGCUGGCUCUGGCGCUGGCUCCUCCGGCGCUGGCAACACCCCUGCCUCCCCCAGCUCCACCGGUUUCACUCCCUCCAACCCCGGUGCUAAGGUCUCUGUCCCCAUGGCCGGUGCUGCUCUGGGCUCCGUUGCCUACGGCCUGGCUCUGCUCGCAUAA